ACACACACACACACACACACAUUACUUAUACAUAUUAAAUCUUUUUCUUUAAAAAAUAACCCCGCCUUUUUCUUUUCUCUCUCUUUUUUUUAAAAAAAUGGCUUACGAGACGACGAUGGCACCUUUUAAAAAUGUGCGUGAAGAACUUCGAUUAAUUCAUGCGGUCGACUUGAUACAUACAUCGAGCGACUUGACAGAUAAUAUUGAAGCUAUAAACUACUUACGUCACAAGGCAUGUCAUCUCGAUACCGAAGCCAAAACAAAACUCAGCAUCAUCUUUAAUGAGGAGGAAUCAGGGCAUUUACCUCAUGUACAACGAAACCGUGCCGAAGCAGACAUGUGGGCACGUAGUGUCUUUGAUAAACAACUCUCAUUAGCUUUAAAGCCCUGCGCGCCCAUCUUUAUCACCACUGACGACCUCAGUACGACACACUUUAUUGACUGCAUGACGGCCAGAAUGAACCGCGAUGGACAGGAACCUCUGUUAAAUUAUUUGGCUGGUUUACUGUAUUCCAAAGGUAUUGGAUUUCCUCAGGAUUUGCAACGAGGCAUCGCUUCUUUAAAGUUUGCAGCCACAGAAGGAAGAAUUGCAGAAGCAGGGUGUGAGUUGGGAAGGAUUUAUAGUGAUCGAUAUAAGUACAGUCUAAACGAACCUGCCGAAUCGAUCCACUGGUUUCAUCGGGCCUUUGAAUGUGGAUCUACACAAGCGGUAGUGGAUUUAGCUUAUGGAUUCUUUGAGGGAAGCGAGCAAGUGCCCAAAGAUGAUGUACGUGCUUUACGUUAUGCCAAAGAUGGAGCACUUUUAAACGAUAAAUAUUGUCAGUAUAUUGUGGGACAUUUAUACCUCAAGGGGAAAGGGGAUCAGACGAAGGAUGCUCAGGAAGCCGUCAAAUAUUUAAAUGCUUCGGCCAGUCAAGGAUUUGCAGUGGCAUUGGAAGAAGAAACAUCAGUGUAUAUGUAUGGACAUGGGAAUGUAAAGCAAGAUUAUGGUAAAGCGUUUGCUUGUUGUAUGCAAAGUAUUGCCACGAAUAUCCCGUUCUGUCAAGCACGUUUAGGUGACAUGUACCGAAAUGCUUGGGGUGUCACACAAGAUUUCCCCAAGGCCUUUGAAUAUUAUCAAAAUGCCGCUAGUCAGUCUGACACACCUUAUCCAUAUGCUCAGCACAUGCUCGGCGAGAUGUUCCUGCAUGGAGAGGGUGUACCCAAGGAUCUGGCGGUGGCAAAGGAAUGGUUCCAGAUUGCUUCUACACAAGGUUAUGAGCCUUCACAGACAAAGAUUCAGCAGAUUGAUUUAAUCGAAGCAAACACAGCCUUACAAAAACCUAUGGUAGAAGAAAAGAAACAAAGCAGUCGAUGGUCACUUAGUUUCUUUAACAACACCAAGAAGAAAUAAAUUUUUUUUUUUAUGUGGUUACCCCUCGUACAACCUUUC